AUGUUGUAUCUCAUUCGAAUCCAAGAACAGAUAUAUGCACAAUUUCCUCAUAAAUUAUUCUCUGUCAAUAAUCAAUAUUCAAGCUAUGCAAUUGAUCAUAAACACCUGGUGUGCUCACUCACUCAGACUGAUUCGAAAGGCACCACAAAAAUGCUGCGCCUUCAAAUUUGUCACCCACCCAUGUUGCACGGCCCUUCUCUACUCUGCACCCGCGCUCCGAUAUCCCUUUCUUGCCGCGCCGUUUCGAGAAAGUCCGAUUCGGAGCCCGACCCGGACCGAGCCAAGCCAAAACCCCGGCGCCGGAAAACCGCGGACGGCGGAAAUGAAGGCGGAGAAAAAGACCAGCCUUUCACGAUUCCGAGGAAGACCCGGCGCGGGCGGAGGAGCGAGGCGGCGGCGGUGCAGGAUUACGUGAGGGACACAAUCAACCGGACGUUUAAGACAAUCCAGGAGCAGAACCCGGAGAUUUUCGAGAAGAAGGGAGAAUUGAUGAAGGAGAAAGCUGCCGCCGUUGACGGCGGCGACGGCGACGGCGACGACGACGAGGGGAGUGAGAGAGAGGAGACGGCGGUGGUGGAGGAGGAGACGGAGAAUUGGCCGCUGGAUGCGGAGGUGGGGUGGGGGAUUAGGGCGUCGGAGUAUUUUGAGAAGCACGCGAUUCGGAACGUGGUGGAUGAAAAUGGGGUUGAGAUUGAUUGGGAAGGAGAGGUUGAGGAUAAUUGGGUCAAGGAGAUUAAUUGCUUGGAGUGGGAAAGCUUUGCUUUUCAUCCCAGUCCGCUUGUUGUCUUUGUUUUCGAGAGGUAUAACAGAGCAGCUGAGAAUUGGAAGGCUUUGAAGGAGCUUGAGAAGGCUGUCAAGGUGUAUUGGGAUGCCAAAGAUCGGCUGCCUCCGAGGUCUGUGAAGAUAGACAUGAAUAUCGAGAGGGAUUUGGCGUAUGCUUUGAAGGUUAGAGACUGUCCUCAGGUUUUGUUUCUGAGAGGGAACAGGAUCUUGUACAGAGAGAAAGAGAUUCGGACGGCGGACGAAUUGGUUGCCAUGAUUGCGCAUUUCUACUACAAUGCAAAGAGGCCGCCCUGGAUUGAUGUGAAGGAGCUAACUCUGCCGUACUAGUGGCAUUCUGGUACUAAAUCGGCACCCACUAAGACUGCGGAUUAUAUUCUCGUGAGACCGUGAGAGAGCAUUGGUUUGCUCAGAUGUUGGCAGCAUGGAACACCAGAGACUAGGUUGUAUUUGCAGUGCAAAACUGGGUAUGUGAAUCAUCCGGUGAUGAGCAACCUGUACGUGUAGCAUCAUGGAACUGUACUAAUGAUCAAGCGUGCAACGAGGUGUGCAAGAACAAGUAUAAGGUUUGUGGAACCUGCAAUCUCGAGGCACAUAACAAAGCUAGUUUGCUGGUGCGUCUAUGAUUGCUAGGCAUGAGGUAUUGCAUGGAUUGGAAUUACCGUAUAAGAUGCAUCAUCAAAUGCAAUAAGAUCAGUCCCCUUUUUGCAACUCUGCUCUUGCCCUUAUUGCAACUGUUUAAUGUUAUGGUUUUUGCACUA